AUGCUGGUGGGCGUGUUACAUGCUCAUUACGGCAGCUCACUGAAUAAUCGCACUUGCGCAAUAGCCAUGUCACAAAUAAUCAACAUGGCGACGUCCUUACAUCGCCUUACCUCCGCUGGGAGAUAUCUUGUAAAACGGAAUUUAUUGAAGACUAAUGUCUUAACCAGGUCCAUUGUUGGUUCACACAGACUAUUGGCUACGCAGGCCGCCAACCAAGUGAUGUUAAAUGUCCCUGAAACCAAGGUUACCACCUUAGAAAAUGGACUACGUGUUGCAUCUGAGGAUUCCGGUCUUUCGACUUGCACAGUUGGUCUCUGGAUAGAUGCAGGGAGUCGUUAUGAGAAUGAGAGGAACAAUGGCACUGCUCAUUUCUUGGAACACAUGGCUUUCAAGGGUACAAGGAAGCGCUCCCAGCUUGACCUGGAGCUGGAGAUUGAAAAUAUGGGGGCCCAUCUGAAUGCUUACACCUCGAGGGAGCAGACUGUGUAUUACGCCAAAGCAUUCACAAAGGACCUUCCCAGAGCGGUAGAGAUCCUGGCAGACAUCAUCCAGAACAGCACAUUGGGGGGAGCAGAGAUCGAGCGAGAGCGAGGGGUCAUCCUCCGAGAGAUGCAGGAAGUAGAGACCAACCUGCAGGAAGUGGUGUUUGAUUACCUCCACGCCACAGCUUAUCAAGCCACAGCGCUGGGCAGAACCAUCCUGGGCCCUACGGAGAACAUCAAAACAAUAAACAGAGGAGACCUUGUUGAAUACAUCACGACUCACUACAAAGGACCGAGAAUAGUGUUGGCUGCUGCUGGGGGGGUUUCACACAAUGAAUUGAUAGAUUUGGCCAAAUACCACUUUGGGAAUCUUCCUGCCAGAUACAAGGGAGAGGCGCCAACUAUCCCACAAUGUGACUUUACUGGAAGUGAGAUCCGAGUUCGUGAUGACAAGAUGCCCCUGGCACACAUUGCCAUUGCUGUGGAAGCAGUGGGCUGGUCGCACCCAGAUACCAUCCCCCUUAUGGUGGCAAACACACUCAUCGGCAACUGGGACCGCUCCUUUGGUGGGGGUGUGAAUCUCUCCAGCAAGCUGGCACAGAUGGCAUGCCAGGGCAACUUGUGCCACAGCUUCCAGUCUUUCAACACCUGUUACACCGACACAGGCCUGUGGGGACUCUACAUGGUGUGUGAGCCUGGCACCAUCAACGAGAUGAUGCACUUUGCCCAGCUGGAAUGGAUGUCUCUCUGCACUAGCGUUACUGAGAGCGAAGUUGCAAGAGCCAAGAACCUCCUCAAGACAAACAUGCUUUUGCAUCUUGACGGAUCCACCCCCAUCUGUGAGGACAUCGGCAGACAGAUGCUUUGUUACAGCCGUAGGAUCCCUCUGCAUGAACUGGAGGCCAGAAUUGAUGCCAUAGAUGCAAAGACCAUCAAGGACGUGUGUACAAAAUACAUCUAUGACAAAUCGCCUGCCAUCGCAGCAGUCGGACCAAUUGAGCAGCUCCCAGACUACAACCGAAUUCGCAGUGGGAUGUACUGGAUGAGAACCUGAGAAUUGGUGCUCUCUUUAGAUACUUAGGAAAGUUAAUAACAGCGAGCAGCCAACUGUACAAUUAUAAACAUCAACUUUUACAAACAGAGUUUAAGUUGUGGUUUCUUUGAAUUUUAUUAUAAAAUAAAGACCAACACAAUAAUGUUAAAAGAAGAA